CGAGUACUGCUGCCACUUCCGAGGCACGAGACUCCAGUUGUUUGGCCGGAGUGGUUUUGGGCCGAGCACACGCUGCUCCGGAGGCGUUUGCGGCUGAGGCAGUGCUUUCCGAUUCUGAGUACGUUGGUCUGGAACCAGAAAGUUGUGAGAGUAAUACAGUAUUAUAAGAGAGAAGAAGAGUCCUCUAGCCUGAUAAAUAUUUAUCGAGAAUCAAUAUAGAAAUUCUUGGUCUUCUCAUACCAAAUACCCUGGAGCUACAUGCAGAAACUACAGUUUUCAUUGUGUGUGUGCAUGGCUAACAGUGGAAGCAAUGCAGCAAGUGUUGGAUAACCUUACGGAGCUGCCCUCAUCUACAGGAGCAGAAGAAAUAGACCUAAUUUUCCUCAAGGGGAUAAUGGAGAAUCCUAUUGUAAAAUCACUUGCUAAGGCUCACGAGAGGCUAGAAGAUUCAAAACUAGAAGCUGUCAGUGAUAAUAACUUGGAAUUAGUCAACGAAAUUCUUGAAGAUAUCACUCCUCUAAUAAAUGUGGAUGAAAAUGUGGCAGAACUGGUUGGUAUACUCAAAGAGCCUCACUUCCAGUCACUCUUGGAGGCCCAUGAUAUUGUGGCAUCAAAGUGUUAUGAGUCACCUCCAUCAAGCCCAGAAAUGAAUAAUUCUUCUAUCAAUAAUCAGUUAUUACCAGUAGAUGCCAUUCGUAUUCUUGGUAUUCACAAAAGAGCUGGGGAACCACUGGGUGUAACAUUUAGGGUUGAAAAUAAUGAUCUGGUAAUUGCCCGAAUCCUUCAUGGAGGGAUGAUAGAUCGACAGGGUCUGCUUCAUGUGGGAGAUAUCAUCAAAGAAGUCAAUGGCCAUGAGGUUGGAAACAAUCCAAAGGAAUUACAAGAAUUACUGAAAAAUAUUAGUGGAAGUGUCACCCUGAAAAUUUUACCAAGCUAUAGAGAUACCAUUAUUCCUCAACAGAGUUGCAUCAGUAUGGAGAGGCAUCCAUCACACGUCCGUCAGGUAUUUGUGAAAUGUCAUUUUGAUUAUAAUCCAUACAAUGAUAACCUGAUACCCUGCAAAGAAGCAGGAUUGAAGUUUUCAAAAGGAGAAAUUCUUCAGAUUGUAAACAGAGAAGACCCAAACUGGUGGCAGGCUAGCCAUGUAAAAGAGGGAGGAAGCGCUGGUCUCAUUCCAAGCCAGUUCCUGGAAGAGAAGAGAAAGGCAUUUGUUAGAAGAGACUGGGACAAUUCAGGACCUUUUUGUGGAACCAUAAGUAGCAAAAAAAAGAAAAAGAUGAUGUAUCUCACAACCAGAAAUGCAGAAUUUGAUCGUCAUGAAAUCCAGAUAUAUGAGGAGGUAGCCAAAAUGCCUCCCUUCCAGAGAAAGACAUUAGUAUUGAUAGGAGCUCAAGGUGUGGGACGAAGAAGCUUGAAAAACAGGUUCAUAGUGUUGAAUCCCACUAGAUUUGGAACCACAGUGCCAUUUACUUCACGGAAACCAAGGGAAGAUGAAAAAGAUGGCCAGGCGUAUAAAUUUGUGUCACGAUCUGAGAUGGAAGCAGAUAUUAAAGCUGGAAAAUAUUUGGAACAUGGGGAAUAUGAAGGAAAUCUCUAUGGAACCAAGAUUGACUCUAUUCUUGAAGUUGUCCAAACUGGACGAACUUGCAUUUUGGAUGUCAACCCACAAGCCCUGAAAGUGCUGAGGACAUCCGAGUUCAUGCCCUAUGUUGUGUUUAUUGCUGCUCCCGAACUAGAGACGUUACGUGCCAUGCACAAGGCUGUAGUGGAUGCUGGUAUCACUACCAAGCUUUUGACGGACUCUGACUUGAAGAAAACAGUGGAUGAAAGUGCACGGAUUCAAAGAGCAUACAACCACUAUUUUGAUCUGAUCAUUGUAAAUGACAAUCUAGACAAAGCCUUUGAGAAACUACAAACUGCCAUAGAGAAACUGAGAAUGGAGCCACAGUGGGUCCCAAUCAGCUGGGUUUACUGAUGAUUCAAUAAGGUUCACAAUUAAAAUAAAACUUUCCAAAAGUGACUGCAACAAAUAAACCUUCUACUGAGAAAAUACAUGCACAGAUAGAAGAUAUCUGCCAAGUCCAGGCAUUUUUAUUGUGUAGAUUGAAGUACCAGUACACUAUUCUGGAUUUUUAUAGAAAAUGUGGUUGGGAAGGUGUACUAAUAUAUAAUUUAUCUUAAUUUUUCUAACUUUUUAUGAAUAAUCUUUCUAUUCAUAUCACAUAAAGAAAUGCGUUGAAGCAUUUUGUAUAUGUUUUGAUUUAGUACCCUUGCCUUUUUCAUCAAAGGAAUUUUCAAAUCAUUCACCUCUAACAUUGGUCUCACAUUUUCACUGUGAUAAUGAAUACUUGAAAUAGUUUUGUAAAGCUGUCAUUUAGUUCAGUAUUUAGUGAAGGGUCAGCUACUCUUAUUAGGAGAAAAUAAUGGUUUAUUGGCCUUCUUUCCUAAUAUGUAUAAUUUCUUACAGAAGCAGAAUUUUAAUGUCAGUGCUACAGCUAGUCUACUACCAUCCAAUACUGACAUCAGAAGUCUGCUCAAUGCUACAUAGUUUCAUUAUUACAGAGAUGUAUGGCUAUCCACUUUAAUUUACGCAGCUAUAUUAAUUUUUUUUCUUCAUUCUCUCUCGUGAAAGAAUGAAGAGCAAUACUUUGCACUCUCAUUUGUUGCAGUGAUGGGCUGAUGCUUCGUUAACAUGUACACAGCAAGCAAGGCCUUGCCGGCUGAGAGAGUGCCUUAUCCUGCAAAACCUUACAGCAAAAUGACUCUGAAAGUUGAUUUAUUUGUACAUGUAAAAGUUUAACUCACAAAAAUGAACCUGUUGCUUUAUACAGUUUUUUUAUUAGGAUAUGGUCAGCAAAUGUAUCACGCCUCUGACAAUUUCUGUGACGCUGAAAAAUGCCUCCAAGUUUGCAAUUGGGGGGUUUUGUGAACAAUCAGUGUGCUUUUGAAGUGUGAUGUGAUCAGUAGGGUAUUUUUUCGGUUUGUUAUGUUGUGAACCAAAUCCAUUGAACAGUUUAUGAAAUUUGGAAAUAAUUGUCAGCUGUUU